CUUUAACGUAUGAGUUACGGCGUUACGGCGUUACAAGAAAAAAUAAGAUCCAGGAAGUCCAGGAAGUAGAUAAGAACCAGCCCUUUAUUUUAAGUCACUGGGUGAAUACUUAGAAGCCUGGUCUUCUACACUGUAUCGGUAGAAUCCCAGAGAGGCUUUUAGCUAACUAUUGGAUGGCGUCUGACCCUGCCAUCUCAAUCGGGAACUACAAGGGUGUGAUGCUAUGCAACAGGCCCUUUGUUGGCGCCGUGAGCCAAUCCAAGAAGGGGGGCGCGCCGGCAAAGCAAGCGUUCGUUUGCGGGAAGGUUGACAAUAAGCUCGGAGCGACCAUACCUAUUUCCAAAGGGAAAAUCGCAAAAAUCAACCAGCGCUCUAGAAAGGAAACAGCACUUCAACGGCAUAGGAAGCUGACUGCAGCGCCUAUGACACGACCUUGUGCUUAUUAUUUCUAUUAGGUGGUUAGCAGAGUUGCAAGCAACUAAGGAUCAGCUGGAAAUGCAAUAUUUAAAGGUGUGUCUGGCGGAUUAUAGCUGACUCAAUUGCUUAUGAUAAGUUCUUAGGACAUUCAGAAAAAAGAGACAAAGCACAAAAAAUUCAUGGACCGCGAAGCUAAAAUGCGUGAGGUAGUUCGUAAGGUAAGGGAUGACAGGACCUAUGGGUGCGCCGAUCUGGACUCUCAAGAAAAAUAUGACAAAAAUCAAGUAAAUGACAACGUUGUAAUGGAAGUUGAACUAUCCCCGGAGGCAUCAUCAGGCGCUGCAGGAGAUUCGUCACGACCCAUGUGGGCGCUGACAGAAGACCAGGCAAAAGAAUUUGCUGGGGGUAUUGAAACUGCAGAGGCAGAUGACCUUCUCAGUUUUGCAAACAGUCUAGACUUCGAUAAAUAUAUUAAUGAUACUGAAAUUUCAGCACUGGUACAAAAUGUCCGCUCUCGUAUUUGUGAGCUCGAAGCAUAUCAGGACUCUGUUUUGAAACGCCCGAUCGACACGUCUUUAAGUUGUAAAACUUCAUCAGCGAUGAAACCCAUUUCAGAUGAUCUGGAUGUCCUCUCUGGAGAGCCAGCUGAGUGCUCAGACAACACUAUGUCCCUAGUGAAGUCAGUUCUCGCAUCAGAAGCAGGCAAGUCGGUUGGCGCUAUUCAUUCACAAAAGUCGCUGAUUGCAGUUACAGAGAAAUCGAAGAGCACAAUGAAGGAGAACAAACAAGGUUGGGCAGUACCUCUUCCACUAGUUGUGAACCAUCCUAAUGAUGCAACAGGCACCAUAGAAGGAAAAAAUUCGGCAUCAAACCUACCAUAUAUGCAUCGCAAUCCAGCAAUCUGAUAAAUACAACUUGGUGCAACUGGGAUUUUUUAAAAUCGCCCAGUAGCCGUCACUUGGCAGUGAAGGCGCUGGGCACUCGGAUCUUGGCGCUGGGCAAGACUCGCCAAAAGAUAAUGACGCCGAGUUUGUGCUAUAUGCCACUGGAGACCCCGGAGUCGUCGAGAUAGCCUGAGCCCCACUGGCAUUGACGUGUACUGCCUCUAAUGUCGUGUCGGUGCCGUGCAACAUCUCGCACGCGACAGCUCAGGCUGAUAAGGACGGUUCUCAUUGAAUCUACCCACUUAAUAACUUGAACACAUGCGAUGCAUAGGGAAAUAGAAUGUGUAGCUCCGGACUUUCCCGGCAGCGUAGUGUAGUCGUCUAACGAAAUAGUUUCUCCCAUGUUUGAUGGGGUUUGUGACGGGGAAUUGCGUCCGUCAAUAAAAGUGACUCAGGAUGA